UCCGGCGUGUAGCCUAUCCUCUACGGCGCGAUAUCGGUGUGAGGAGGUGCGUUCCUCGUCCUCUCUCACCCUUCAUCCUGAUUCUCUUCUCCCUCUCUUUUGGUCUAUGUUUUACACUCCCUCCUUUCCAUCGGGUCGCGCUCCUUCGUCUUCCGCAGGAGCGAGCGAGCAGGAUCGCGAUCGGGGAAGCCGAUGGGUCGACGGCUGGAGGGAGAGCGGUGAGAACGGUUGUCGGUGCGGUGAGGAAGGCAGAGGGGAACAGGCCCGUUUCUUGGAUCUCUCUCUCUCUCUCUUUUUCUUCUCUCUCUUUCUCUCUCGGGGGAGAGCCGGCCGCCGGGUGGGCGGCAGUUGUCCAGGCGUCGGCAGUCUGCGUUCCGAGGCGACGUGGCCUGCACGGCGGAGCGACACACCGCGUCCUCUCCAAUUCUCAGUGCGCUCUCUUCUCUCUCUUUCUCUCUCUCUCUGCCUCCCUUCUCUAUCCUUCCGUCUUUCAGCCUCUGUACCCUCUCUCCGAGUCUCUCUCUCUUUCUCUCCCACUUCAACGCGUGUCCCUGUCCGCUCCUCGUCGCUGCCGUCUCCGUCCUUGCGCCUGGCUCUAUCUCUUUCUCCAUCUAUCCCGUUCGCUCCUUGUCGCUCCAGCACCUGGCUCGCGACGCGACUCUCCGCUCCGCUCCGGAUACUCGGCGACUUCGUCAACGCGCCGCUGCCGCCGCCGCCGUCGUCGUCGUCGUCGGCGCUCGGUAUAUACAUACUUAUACACGUUCGUAUGCGGCUCCGUGAGAAGGAGAGAGAAGAAUCUGCAGUGCCACGUUUCGAAGCGCCCGGUCGUCGCCGUGUCGCGCGUGUUUCCUCCGCAACACGAGGAGUAGUGAACUGUGCGCGGGCGCCGAACGACGCGGAGAGCAGUGAGCGAGCAGCGCGGUUGGCUCGUUCGCGUUUUCCAAGCCCCGGUGUGUUGCCUCGUACGCGGGUGUCAGUGACAUUAUUCUAGUCUAGUUUUCCAUCUUCGUGUUGUCACUGACGGGGGAGCACGACGGCGAGUCGGGCGUUUUUUUCGAGAAUUCACAAAGUGCCAUAUCCUAUAAGAGUUCGGGGGCGACAUAAAACGACUCGCAAUUUGCAUACGCCGGCCGCGCGGCACAUUGGAAUCCGAAGGUGAGGGAAUCCUUGGCCGAUUCCUCGAACGACGGGAGGGUCCCGAGAAAACCGAUCGCGUUCCAGCCGAAGCUGGUGCACGUCGUGGUAAACAACGACGGAUAAUCGGCGAAUACCACGGGAUACUCGCGCGCGUCGUGCAUUCCGCCGCGCUGUCGAACGGCGCGGUGAUAAAAACGGAGGCGGAGGAAACGCGAGAGACUGUUCAACGAACGAUCGAACUUGAAAAGCCGAGGAGCUUCUCCGACUCGAGAGCGAACUUUGAGAGAGAAAAUUUGCAAAAAUGUGAGAAAAAUAUACCCGCACGUCACCGGGUACCAACGAGAACAAGCGUGUUCAAGCACACCUCGAGAGAUAAGCGCGAUUUCUAACGAACAUAAACGUCGAAUGGUGAAUACGAUUUAAACGCGGAAUAAGCGAACUAAUCGAGUCCUGCCGCCGGCUGUUGUCAGGGCGGCGGAGAACGGUGCCGGUGCCGGUGCCGGUUCCGCGUUCUCGUGGUCGUGAAGUGUGUCAUGAUAGUUCGCGCGUGAGCCGGGCAUGAACGUUGAAACCUGCACCCUCUACUUCGCUGGGACGGCCCGGGGCCCGGAGAAGGACAGGAUGUCGACCCAGGCUUACUACAAGGAGCGGCUCGGCUUCGACCCGGCGGAUACCGUCGCCGAGCAUCAGCGCGAGCAACGCUCCCAGCACGGUUACGAGGAGUCGCUCUCCAAAUUCAAAGACGAACGAGACGCUAUACAGAAGAAGACCUUCACGAAGUGGGUGAACAAGCAUUUGAAAAAGCACUGGAAAUACGUCAAGACUUACACGUGCCUACACGUGUGCGUCCUUGUGAACAACCAACCAUGCUGUUCCCCCACCGCGAGCAGACAUGUCGGGGACCUGUUCGAGGAUCUACGCGACGGCCACAAUCUCAUCUCCUUGCUGGAAGUGCUCUCCGGCGAGGGCCUUCCGCGGGAGAAGGGCCGAAUGCGCUUUCACAUGCUGCAGAACGUGCAGAUGGCCCUCGAUUUUUUACGGUACAAGAAGAUCAAGCUGGUCAACAUCCGGGCGGAGGAUAUCGUGGACGGUAACCCGAAGCUCACCCUCGGCCUGAUAUGGACCAUUAUCUUGCACUUCCAGAUAUCGGACAUAGUGGUUGGGCAGGAACCGAAUGUAACGGCACGCGAGGCCCUCUUGAGAUGGGCCCGACGAUCGACGGCCCGAUAUCCCGGUGUACAGGUGACCGAUUUCACUUGCUCCUGGAGGGACGGUCUGGCUUUCAGCGCUCUUCUCCACAGGAACCGGCCGGAUCUGGUCGACUGGAGAACCGCGCGUUCAAGCCAGCCGCGAGAACGGCUCGAUCGGGUCUUCUACGUCGCCGAGCACGAAUAUGGUGUUACGAGGCUUCUCGAUCCAGAAGAUGUUGAUACUCCCGAACCAGACGAGAAGUCUUUGAUUACGUACAUCUCCUCGCUUUACGACGUGUUCCCGGAGCCGCCGGCCAUUCACCCUCUGCUCGACGUCGAGGCGCAAAGACGGUCCGCGGAAUAUCGCGAGCUCGCGAGUUCGCUUCACUUGUGGAUCCGCGAGAAGAUGGCCCUCAUGCAGGAGCGAGCCUUUCCGCCAACUCUGAUCGAGAUGAAGAAACUAGCGGCGGACAGCAUGAAGUUCAAGAACGAGGAGGUGCCGCCGCGAUACAGAGACAAACAGAGAUUGACACACAUUUUCCGAGACCUGCAAAAGUCUUUCGAAACGGUGGGCGAAGUGGUGGACAUGGAAGCAGAAUUGCAUAUUGAUGUCAUCGACAAGAACUGGAAUCGCUUGAUAAUGUUGCAUCAGGAGCGCGAGCAGGCUAUUAUAGAUGAAAUUAAACGACUCGAGCGGCUGCAACGACUCGCCGAGAAAGUGCAUCGCGAGAUGAAAACGACUGACAACAGACUGGAGGAGCUCGAGAGAUGUGUGGAGGACGAAGCGCGCAGGCUUGAUCGCCUUCAUCCUUUGGAGGCGAAACACGCGGUGGAUCUGCUGGAACAGGACAUACGCAACACGGAAACACAGAUACAGAAUAUAUUCACUGAUGUGCACACUCUUACGGAAGGUAGAUACAGUCAGGCGCCCGAGCUUCACAAGAGAGUGCAGAAAUUGCAUCAAAGAUGGGUUGCAGUACGAUCUCUCCUGCACAGACGUCUGGUACAUCCACUCUCUGCGGUUUCCUUUCCCGUAGAGGAGCGUGUUGUCACGAAACACCGCACUACCGUCCACGAAACACGAUUGGUUGAUACCAAUCCACACUUCCGCGCGUUGCACGAUUGUAUAGAUUGGUGUAAGAGCAAAUUGAAGCAUCUACAAGAAGCGGAUUACGGAUCAGACUUGCCUAGCGUGCAAAAUGAAUUGGAUGUACAUCGUCGAGAGCACAAGAACAUCGAUCAGUUCCAGGCCAAGGUCGACAAAUGCGUGCAAGCGAAGAACAAUUUCCACGGCGAGGAACUCACGUUAUACAACCAGCAUCUUAGUACUUUGCAAAAGCUCUACGCUGAGCUUCUUGCCGUAUCGAAUAAGAGGCUCUCCGAUUUGGAGACUCUGCACGAUUUCAUACAAUCGGCUACUGGCGAAUUGGUUUGGUUGAACGCAAAGGAGGAAACAGAAAUCGCGCGUGAUUGGAGCGACAAGAACCUUAAUGUGCAGAGCAUCGAACAAUAUUAUGAGCAAACGUAUGGAUCUGGUAUAGAGUCUUUGAUGAGCGAUUUGGAGAAGCGCGACAUACAGUGUUCGGCAGUGCAAGAUCGCGGUGAGGCGUUGGUUCUUCAGCAUCAUCCUGCGGCGAAAACAAUCGAAGCAUACAUGUCCGCAAUGCAAAAUCAGUGGGCCCGGCUACUGCAAUUUACCCUCUGCCUUGAGGUACAUCUAAGACACGCCGCGCAAAAUCAGCAAUUCUUCAAAGAUAUUCAGCAGGCCGAACAGUGGAUCUCGAAACAGGACGAUACAUUGAAUACCGUUUACUCGCAAUCCGAUUUCGCAUUGGACGAGGGAGAACGACUUUUGAAGGGCAUGCAAGCGUUGCGCGAGGAGCAUAAUAAUUAUGGCGAUCACGUACAGAGACUUGUGGAGAGAGCAAAGGACAUCGUGCCUAUGAAGCAACGCAAGCAACCUGUCACGCGACCGUUACAGGUCACUUGCAUCUGUACCUACAAGGAAGUCAAUGUAAUGUCUAUCGAGAAAGGAGAGCAGUGCACGUUGUACGAUACUUCCGGUAGAGUUAAGUGGCGCGUCAAGAACACGCAGGGAGUGGAAUCUCGUGUGCCAAGUGUCUGUUUCGCGCUGCAACCUCCCGAUAAGGAAGCACUGGAUGCUGCGGAAAGAUUGAGGCGACAAUAUGACAGAAGUGUUGCUCUCUGGCAACGAAAGAAUUUGAGAUUACGACAAAACAUGAUAUUCGCGACUAUCAAGGUUGUCAAGGGUUGGGAUCUGCCGCAAUUCUUGGCGAUGGAACAGGAUCAACGUACCGCUAUCAGAAAAGCGCUGAAUGAAGACGCGGAUAAAUUGUUAUCGGAGGGAGAUCCGGCGGAUCCGCAACUCAGAAGAUUGAAACGAGAGAUGGCGGACGUCAAUCGGCUGUUCGAUGAUUUUGAAAAGCGCGCCAGGGCCGAGGAGGAAUCGAAGAAUGCUGGACGCAUUUUCAACGAUCAAGCGUCCUCGCUUCAGCAGGAACUCGACGAGGCCGAGCGAAUUUUGAACGCGCGCAUUGCCGCGCCCUUACCUCGAGACCUCGACAGCUUGGAACAUUUGGUGUUGCAGCACAAAGACUACGAGCAAAGUCUGCAACGCUUGGCGCCGGAUGUGGAACAAAUGCAGCAAACGUUCCGCGGAAUCACCCUGAAGACCCCAGCGAUGAGGAAUAAGCUCGACAACAUUACGACCAAAUGGAAUCACCUGUGGAACCUGAGCAGCUUGUACAUUGAACGCUUGAAGUGCGUCGAAAUCGUGCUGUCCAGCCUUGAGGAAAAUACGGCGGCCAUCUCGGAAUUUGAGAUCAAGUUGGCCUCUUUCGGCGAGUUACCGUCGGACGUGAAAGGUUUGCAAUGCGUGUUGGAGGAUCUGAUGGUUCUCCAGAACGCUAUCGCGCAGCAGCAAGUGUCGGUGGAUCAACUGAACGAGGACGCGCAUAACGCCAGGCGUCUUGUGGAGAAAUCGAGACCGAAUCAUCGUGGUCCGCACGGCGACAUGGACAGAUUGGACGCUGAGGUCAAUAAACUGAACGCGCGAUGGACGAACGUUUGCGGACAGCUAGUCGAUAGACUGCGCAGCGCUGAAACGGCCUACGGAUUGGCGCAGCAAUAUCAGAACUCGUAUCAAAACGAAGUGGACUUUGUCGAUGAAUCCUAUGGAAAAUUAGAGAUGGAGAACACCAAGAACCUGUUGAGCAAGGUGUUGGAUCGCACACCGGCAAUCGAGGCGGUGAAUCUCACGGGCGGCAGACUGAUCCGCGAAGGGAAGAUUUACGGACAAAGGCUCCGAGCGUUCAAAGAACAAUUGGAAGAUAUCUGCCCGUCGUUGGACGCAUCGGUGAAGAGGCCGCGGAGAGAUUCCGUUAUUACGGUCGAUAAUGUUGCGCGCGAUCUAGAUACCCUGAACCGAAGAUACACGACCCUCGUGAACCUGCUUGAGGAACGAGUCAGGCAGCUGGCACUACUACAUCCUGAGGACACUUCCCUGCAGCGUGUUCUUCAAGAACAAAGGCCGCUGCGGACGUUCCGCACAGAGUUCAACAUAUACGAAAGCACUACUAGCGAGGAGCGUUACACAUCCACAACCACACACUACACACAAUCGCAAUACACCUCCGAGAGGCAUGAGUCCACCGAGACGACUUUUUCAAGCGAGACCUCGAAGCGAAGUUACAGCGCGGAGCAGGCCGCGUGUCGUCCUAAUGGCGAGACCAUCAGCCCGGGGGCCGUUCCACCCGUCGGCGCCGGUGGUGCCCUGCUCAAGCGUUCGCACGAGAGCGGUACAACGAGCUCCAACAGGCGACAGCAUCAGCAGCAGCAUGAGUUCUCGUCCGUCGUGGACGGUGGAUUUAGUAGCGAGCUUAGGGAUCUUAGGAGGGUGGCGCGGGUCGACGACGGGGGUGUUAUCGGGGCGGAGAACGUGAUUGACGUUAGGGGUAUCGUAGAUCCGAGCACCGGCGAGGUCCUGACCGUAGGCGAGGCGAUCCGGCUCAGGAUCCUCGACGUUAGGAACGGUAGAAUAGUGACGUCGAGCGACGGCAGGACGAGCGUGUCGAUCGAGGAGGCCGCUCGCGACGGUAUCAUCGACGCGGCGCUGGCCGAUCGGCUGUUAGGUCCAUGCGGGGUGAACGAGGAGGGUCAUCGGGUGUCGCUGCUCGAGGCGAUCCAGCGGGAGCUCUGCGACGCCGAGCGGGCCGACAUCGCGGACCGAGUUAAGGUAACGACAGCACGUCGCGACGACGGUGGCGGAAGUAACGCCGUCGCCACGGGAUUUAGCGUUGUCGAUGCGAUGAGAGAGGGCUUGUUGGACCCGGCCACGGGGGAGGUCAUCGCCGAGAACGGCGAGCGGAUCUCGAUCGAGGAGGCAUACUCGCGCGGCUAUCUUACUAAGGUGGAUGUGACCGUUAGGGUGACUCGUAAUGCCAUCGCGCUCUCCGACGCGAUAUCGCAGGGUCUCGUGGACGAUCGGACCGGCCGCGUCGUCGACAGGAUUACUGGCGAGUCUUAUCCGUUAGACGAGGCUGUCGACAAGGGUAUUAUCGAUCCGAACGUGAAAGAGAUCGUGGACACGAAGAGUGACAGCAAGAUGACAGUGGCCGAGGCCAUGAAUCGCGGUGUACUGAACGCUAAGGGCGGUAGAUACAUGCACGGUUUGUCAAUGGAGAAGCUGCCGUUCAAGGAAGCUCGACGUCGGCAGCUGAUCGUCAAGCCGAUGACGCUCAAGGACUGUUAUGAUCUGGAAAUUAUCGAUGACAAAGGCAAAAUCGCCAGUCCGGCACACCGUGGAAAAUUAACGAUACUGGAGGCCAUAUCCCGCGGCGUUCUAGAUUCGGAGAACAUCAAGUCCAUAGUAGAUACUCGAACCGGCGAAAUGAUAACGUUAGCCGACGCUUUAACUAGCGGGAUAAUCAAAAUUGACGGCACGUAUCGCGAUAUGUUGAAGGCCGAAGAGUUCCCUAUCUCUCAGGCCGUCGAGAAAGGCCUGAUCACGUCGGUGACCCAAAAAAGCAUUUUCGACAUUGACGGCUUCAAGGAUCCGGUUUCUGGCGAAUACAUCAGUCUGAACGCGGCGUUGCUGAAAGGUCUGAUCAGCUCAAAGUCUGGCGGUACUUUCACGAUCGACUUGAAAACCGGAAAGACCGUUUCGUUGAGCGAAGCAGAGGAGCAGGGUUACAUCAGGUCGGAAGUGCUGGAGAUGCUGAGCCGCGGCAUCGGCGUCACUGAGAACGGACGCGAGGUGAGCAUUCUCGAGGCAGUGCUGCUCGGAUUGCUCGAUCCGAAGUCCGGUCAAUUGCUGGAUCCACGUAGCAAGAGAAUAGUACCUUUGGAGGAGGCGAUCAAGCGGGGACUCAUCACUCCCGAUGGUGCCGCGCUGCUUACCAGCUUACUGAAUAUCGCGGUUACCACGCAGACCGUAACGAAGACCGUCAGAACAUACGUGACGACUCUGCAAACCGGCGAGACUGUUACAAGAGAUUACAAGAUGAGUUACGAUGAAGCAUUGAGCAGCGGCUUAAUCGACGAAAGUAGAAACGAGUUUAGGGAUCCCGACUCGGGAACGACGAUGUCCAUCGAAGACGCCUUUAGACAAAGCUUGCUCGGUGAUGAUGGUCAUCAACGCGUUGUGCAUUCACGAGAGCGUACUCCGGAUUCGUUGCAGACAACUUUCGAAAGCACUUUAACGACAAGUAUCGGUGAAGCACCUAGAAGUAGAAGAAGCGAAUCGCCACCUAGGGCGAUUGGCACGGUUACUAGUAUUAUUACCAAAGAAAUUGUUCCGCGAGCAUCAUCUACGCCGACGAAAGAGUCGUCUUCGGUUACAAUAACGAUCGCACCAUCAACGAUGACUGAUUCUGUUUCUUCUGUACGAGAUUCAACGGCCAAAGAGACCUCGUCAGCCACGAAAGUUAGCGAAUCGAAAUGGAUGUCGAAAACAAGUUCGUUCGACGAAACGCAUGUACUAAGUCGCGAUCUUAAAUCACCUUUGCGUGAUGAAAAACAAGACAUGGAAACAGAAGUAAUCUCACCAGUUACACCAACUACUAGUCGUACAUCGGAGAUCAUGAAAUUCAUAGACAACGAACGUGUUUCCAUGGAUAAACGGGUAUUCGAACUACCCACGGAUGGCUGGACACUCGCCGAAGCUAUCGACAGGAAACUAUUUGACCCUGCUACAGGUCUUUUCAUAAUUCCAGGCACCGACAGAUUGGUUUCUUUCGAGGAAUGUAUUAAAUUGCAGAUCAUUAAUCCGAAUUCUGGUUUCGUUAUCGAUCCCAACAACGGAAGAAAGAUAUCCUUGGUGCGAAGCUUGGAGAAGAAUAUUCUGGACUCCACCGGUCACUACUGUUAUCCGCAAAAGAUCUCGAUGAGAGAAGCGAUCGCGAAUGAAUUGAUCAUACUGGAAGGCAGCUCGAGCAUGGAUAGCGAUAACACUAACCAGAGACUUCUUCAGAUCACGAGGGUUUCGGGCAAGCCCGAUAAAGUGGAGUUGACGCAUGUUGGCGAUCCUUCUCAGCAACUGGAGAUAAAGACCAGCGACGAAAUAUCUACGCCGGAUCCGGUGCAGGUAACUCAAGGAGUGAUUUACGAUCCGGCAACGGCUCUAGUGAUCUCCACCAAAACCGGCAAAUCUGCGAGUCUCUUAACCGCCGUUUCCGAAGGAACGAUACCAUCUGCCGCCGUAAUCGUCAAGGAUCCAACGACGGGUAAAGACAUCAGCAUGGCGGAUGCUGUCAACCGCGGUAUUCUCGAUAUUAAUACGCGUGAAUAUAAAAUCGACGAUGGCAGGAAGAUAUCUCUGAUCGACGCGGCAAAAUUCGGAGUGGUAGCCGUUCUUGGUGCUCCCCUUGCGGCCACCGCGGCCGCCAUAGAAGCGGUACAGAGAACGAUGGUGAAAGAUCCAGUAACCGGUAAGAAAGUGCCGAGGGAAGUCGCCAUUGAACGUGGCAUCAUUCCGAUGGACGAAAAUACAAUUUCGCCGAUUAUUGAAUCCGCAAGUAGUACCCCCGACGAAAAUGAAAAAGUUAUUGCGAGACAUAUUGUACACGAAGAACCUGGAAAUGUUCGCGUAUCGAAGGAAGACGCUAAGAGUGCAACUUUGAUUGACUCAAAAUCUGUCGGUGAUGUUACGGAUGGUGAAAGUUUAGGCACGAAGACCAGAGCGCGAGUGACGGUCGAGCCGAGAUAUCAAGUUACGAUUGGUAAAGCGAGAACGUUAUCGCAGAGCCCCGAACGAGAAGCGAAGCCUAUCGUUCUGCAGAAAAUGCGAAAAAGAAUAGUAAAAGUUGAGGAAGCGUGCAAGAGCGGUCUCAUCGACGUGGAAACAGCGGAUACCUUCGCGAAGAAGAUGUGCAACGAGAAAGGGGAGCCGAUUACACUUUCGGAGGCAAUCCGUGACGGCCGAAUAGACGCUAAUCAGGGACAGAUCGUGGAUCCACAAAGAGGCGACGUGCUCAGCAUCAAGCAAGCUAUCGAUCGCGGAAUUCUGGAUCCAGAGAGCGCGCAUAUAUUGGUGCCUUUGGCGAAAAGCUUGUCCGUGCACAGCUUGUACAAGCAAGGCUUGCUGGAACCUUCGGAGGGUAAAAUUGUCCAUCCAGAAACGGGCGCGUAUCUCACCCUCAACGAGGCUAUAGUAUGCGAGAUAGUGGAUCCUUUAUCUAACUUGAUGUUUACCACCGACGGCCGUACCGAAACGUUGAUGUCUGCUAUCGCGAACGAUAUUAUCGAUCCAGAGAGAUUGUUGGUCAAGACGAAAAGCGGCAGCGUGAAUCUAGUCAAGGCGAUAGAGAACGAGGCGAUAGAGAAAGUGUUCGAGCUGAAAGAACCGGCCGAAUCUUUUAAUAUACCGCCGGCAGGAAUGACGUUCCCCGUAGCGCUAAAACGUGGAUUGAUAGACAUUAGCAAGAAAGAAAUACGUCAUCCGAUUACCGGGGAGCACUUGCCACUGGAGGACGCUAUAAAAGAUGACUUCAUCAUGGCAUUACCAUAUCCAGUGGCUCCUGACAGUAUCGAAAUAACGAAGGCUUUGGAAUCGGGAUUGAUCGACAGGGACAACGCUGUAUUUUUCCAUCCCACUACGGGAACUCCAAUUCCAAUUGUCGAGGCUGUCGAGUCUGGCCUGCUCAUCAUCAAACCGCCGGCUCGCGGUGAAAGUACAGCCAUUACCGAGACAAUUACAUCGUAUCACACUAUCACGACCAAGACUGUCGAGCUUUUGCCUGGUUAUGCACUGAAGAGCGCGAUGGAAGUACAAGAUAUUAAUACCGGUAAUAUUAUCACUAUCGAAGAGGCCCGACAAAGAGGUAUCAUCAAGGACGAAUCUGAAACCAAGCGAGAAUUCACGACGAAAGAUAUCAAGAUGUCUUUCGAUCACGCGGUGGAGAAAGGAUUGGUAGAUAUGAAUACGGGUAUUUUCACCGAUCCUUGUACCGGUGCUACGAUGCCUAUCGCUAAGGCCGUCGAAAAAGGAAUCCUCGAUACUUCAUCUAGCAAGAGUGAAUCUGAAACACCCAGGGAAUCGUCUAAUAACAGUUUGACCGUAUUAGAGGCAAUCGAGCGGAUUUACGACGAAGAAACUGGGACCUUCAAAGAUCCCGAGACGAACGAAUCCUACAACUUGACGGAAGCGAUGAAAGUAGGCCUAAUAGAACCCGAUUCCGUGCUUUAUAACGUGAAAACCAAAGAAUCUAUCACCACCAGAGAGGCAGUUGAGAAAGGUUUGCUCGAUCCCGUCACUGGAAAAAUGAAGAUCACGCGGGAUCAAAAGGAUCGUUCGAUCAGCAUAGCGGAAGCUACGAAAAUGGGUCUCCUGGCAGUCGUCGCCGCGCCAGUCUUAGCUGGAAAAGCAGUUGUCGACGCAAUUUCGAAUCGUAAGUCUAAAGAGACAAAGCCGAGUGCAUCCGUGACGACGAAAUUAUCUGUCUCGGUGAAGGAAUCGAGUCCGCCUUCAACAAUUAUUUCAAGUCAAAUUACCCAGAGAUCUCAUGUCGAUUCUCACGAGAGUGAAGAAAAGAAAUCAAGCAAAAUCGAAAUCCAGAAACAAGUGCUUUCAGAUGCAAGAAUGACCGAAGAGAUUCAAAUUACAGAGACGGAAAUGGAGGACGACAGUCAAUUGAAGAGGAUCACGGACGAAGAAACGCCAAGGCACAUCUCAAUAAUGAUUACGAAAGAAUUAACGCCUCAGAUUCUUGCGGAAUUCGGAGUGUUUGAUCCUGUAAGAGAGAAAUUCUUGGAUCCGGAAACGGGUACCGUCACUUCCUUCAACGAUCUAGUGCUGAAUCUAAAAGUCUUCGAUCCUGAUCGAGUGAUCGUCAAGGAUCUGUCAUCCAAGACGGACUUGUACGUGACACUACGCGAGGCAAUCAACCGGCCUCUUGUAGACAGGAACGUCGCUAACAUGGUCGAUCCGAAGACCGGUAAGAAGAUACCGUUCUUCGAGGCGGUGCGUUUGGAAUGGAUCAAGGAGGAACCGGAGGAUGAGAUAGAGAGAGAACAGUUCGCAGAAUUUCAACCUCUGGGCUUGCAAGAAGCUAUCGAUAUCGGCGUGUGUAAUCCCAUCACAGGAACGAUUCGAGAUCCGAAAACGGGACAAGCGUUGUCUAUGAACGAAGCUAUUGAUGCGGGUCUCAUCGACGCUGACAUGCUCGGCGUGAGAAAUCCGAUCACCGACGAGAUCGUGCCGUUUUCCGAGGCGCUGGAUACCGGCGUCGUGGAUCUUUGCAAGGACGUUGUCAUCAAUACCGAAACGAGAACGGAAAUCGAUAUCACGACCGCGUUUCUGCGAGGUCUGAUUGUGCCCGUUUCUCGUAAGCCGAUCUCAUUGGAAGCUAUUAUCAGACAAGGUCGCUAUGACGCGGAUACGGGAAGAAUAGAAGAUCCUCUGACUAAACAAUCGAUUGACGUCGAGGAGGGUGUUCGCAGAAGCGUCGUCGAUGCUUUUAUCACCGAGAUCGAGGACACGAAAGCCGGCUCGUCCGUCUCGUUGGACGACGCGCUGACGAUGAAUUUGGUGAUUCCCAGUACAGGUCGUUUGCGCGACACGAAAGCCGGAGAGCUUCUACCUUUAGACGUAGCGCUUGAUAAAGGUCUGAUUAUCACAACACCGUUCGUGCCUUCGCUGAUCGACGCGAUUGUUCAGGAAUACUAUUCACCGAAGACUGGUCUCGUCCUGAAUCCUAUGACUGGUGAAAAUUUAACGCUGAAAGAAGCAUUGGCCAUUGGUUACGUCAACGGCUCGACCACAGUGGUAAAAGAUGAUAGAAAGGAUAGCGUUAUUCCCCUCAACGAGGCAGAGGGAAGUAAGCUGAUAGAUCUAGUGAGAGGAACAUUGACCUAUCCACAUUCCAUGACAUUGGACGUCGCCUUUGAGAAGGGAUACAUCCUGAGUACUGUAACGCCGUGGACGCUACAAGAAGCCUUAGCUCUUCAAAUUUACGACCCGAAGUCCGGUACUUUCAAUAUUGAUGGUAAUAAUUGUACUUUAGAGGAAGCGAUCGAGAAAGGUUUUAUUAGCAAGGAUAGUCCAUCGAUUAAAGAUCCGAGAAACAACGAUAUUAUAUCUCUGGGCGACGCUAUCAAGCACGGCUUUAUCAACGCGAAGACCAGCACGGCGGUGGAUCCAUGUACCAGUGCGGCUCUUUCAUUGACCGAUGCAUUAGAUCGCGGCUUUAUUGUGCCGGCGAAACGUAAGAUAUCCCUACCGGACGCCGUCUUCAAAGGUUUGUACGAUCCGAAGACCGGACAAUUUACAGUACCUGACACACAAGAGAAGCUUCCUACUGAUCGCGCGAUUAAGAUGGGCGUGAUAGAUGCCACGACUGCGAUUGUGCGAGAUCCCAACGGUGACGUGAUGACAUUCAACAAGGCUAUUAAGACUUCCAUAGUCGAUCCCAAAUCUGGGACGGUUAGUUAUGCCAGGGGACCGCCUGUAGAUUUCCAGGAGGCGCUGGAACGUGGCUUGCUUCUCGAAACAAGAAGACCCAUGAGCUUCAGCGAGGCAAUUUCUAAGGGCAUUCUCGACGAGAAGACCAACAAAUUUUUAGAUCCGCAGACGGGCAGUUAUCUAACAGUAUUAGAAGCCAUACGAAAGAAUCUAAUAGAUGCUGACUCUGUUACUGUCAAGGAUACGAGAUCCAGCAUCUGGAAAACGAUGACGCUAAUGGAAGCUAUACAAUCGGACUACAUAGACGGCACUACUGGCUACCUUAUAGACCCCAGCAAGGGUAACAGGAACGUAUCUCUGAGAGACGCCUUCGAAUCUGGCCUCAUCGUUGACAAUAGAGCCGCCGUGUCUUUGCAGCGUGCCAUCCAUCAAGGAUUGUACGACGAUAAUACGGGCAAGAUCACCGAUCCCAGUACAGGCAGAGCCGUGACGUUGCACGAAGCGAUGAGAAAAUGCAUAAUCAGUCCUACGUUGCCGUGUUAUUGGGACAAACGUGGCGAACGUUUGUUGUCAUUAGCAGAAACGUGUCGCGCUGGCGUAAUCGACAGACGCACCGGGAUGUUCAAGGAACCAGGCGCCAGUGGUUCGGUCUCGUUGUCAGUCGCGUUGCAGCUCGGUCUCAUUGUCGACAUAGAGAGCAUGGGAUUCGGCCUGUACGAGGCGAUAUUGAUGAACAUGUACGAUGUCCCGUCGGGCAAAUUCGUACAUCCGACCAGCAACCGCAAGCUGACGCUAGCCGAGGCAUGUCAAGUAGAUUUAAUAAAUCCUCUGACAUCGAUCGUUAAAUGCACCAGGUCUAACAGAUACGUCCCGUUGGCCGAAGGAAUUUCCUCAGGCAUCGUCGACGACAUUCGCGGCAUGUAUGUCAUUCGCGAGCUUGACAAAGCGAUUAAUCUGCAAGAAGCGGCGAAGAAGGGCUUCAUCGUCACGUCGAAGAUGCCCCUCUCGAUCGAGGAGACGGUCAAGUGUCGCCUUUACCGUGGUGACAGUGGUAAAUUCACUAAUCCUGUUGUUAACGAGUAUCACGACUUGCUUCAGGCGAUCAACUGCGGUCUCGUAGAUCCUGAUACUACCGCCUUGAAGGAUGCGACGACCGGACAGAUCAAGUCGCUGUUGACGGGCAUCGAGGAUGGGACGGUCGAUGUGUCGCGAGGAAGAAUAUUAGAUCCCAAGACGACACGCGCUUUUAAUAUUGAUGUAGCUUUGGAAAGAGGCCUGUUGGUCACGAUUGAUAAACCUCUGGCGCAACAAAUAGCACAUAGAUCACCUUUAGAGGCCUCCAAAGCCGGACUUGGCGACAAAAACGUCAAAGAAUGCACUCUAGAAGAAGCGAUCAACUAUCAACUGAUCGAUCCGAACACGUCGGUUGUGAGAGAUCCUAGAACCGGUCGGUUCGUGACGACGGCAAGAGCGAUCGCGGACGGUGUCGUAGAUCCUUCCGUCAGAGGUACAAUUGAAUUGAACGGCGGAAGCAAGAGAGAACCGCGUUUUGUGCGUUUCGGUGACGUUACCGUAUUCGUCAGGGAACCUUUCACAUUUGAAGAGGCGGUCGAGAAAGAGUAUCUGUCGCUGGAAUCGGGCAAGUUCACGGAUCCGAUCUCGAACGAACAAUUGACCCUCAAGGAGGCGGUCGGUCUCGGUAUCGUAGACUCGGACUCGGCGUUGAUUAAAGACUCGCAGAAGAAGAAGCUGGUGAAAUUGCCGGAGGCGUUCCGCAAGGGCAUGAUGGACGCGGAGAAGGGCAACGUGCUGGACACGGCCACGUCCAAGUUGUACAGUUUGUCCAAGGCCCUGGAAGCCGGCCUGUUGAUCACCCCGCGGAACGGCGUUUCGUUCAUCGAAGCGCUGCAGUUCGGUCUUUACAAUCCGACCACGGGCGGCUUUCACGAUCCCUUCGUUGUCACCUCCGUGCUAGAUCGUAGACGCCUCACGCUGGCGGACGCAAUCGAGUCGGGUCUGAUCGAUCCAUCCACCACGGUGAUUAAAGAUCCGUUCACGGGUAAUAUCGCGAGUUUGUUAGAGGCAGUGAGUAGCGGGAAGGUAGAUUCCGUAGGAGGCAGAUUAGUCGAGGACACUGACGGCAAGAGUAUCGACUUCGUGAGGGCCUUGGAGCGGGGUUAUAUACUCGCCGCUGAAGCCAGGCAAGCGGUGGAGGAAAAGUACAAGCUCUGUGACGAGACGCUCUCAAAACUUCUGCAGUGGAUCUCCGAAAUUGAGGACAAGCUGGCGAAUCAAGAUACCGUCAAGGAAGACGUUGAGCAGUUAAGAAAGCAGAUAAUUAUUAUGAAAGAAAUAAAGGAAGAUCUUGAAUCGCACAGUCGAUCCGUUUCAUCCUGCCUGGAUCAGAUUCGACAGGUCGUCUUGACGGGCAGCAACGUGUUAUCCAGCGACGAAGUGUCUACUUUGGAGAAGAACGGUCGAUCUCUUAGAACCCGAUUUGACAAAGCGUUAGAUCGCACUGACAAAUUAGUUAAACGUCUCAUUGGUGCCAGAGAUGAAUUAACAAAGUUCAAGAAUGAACUCACGACGUUCUCGAUUUGGUUGGAUAAGGCCAGAAGCGUGCUUGAAGAGAAGGAGCGUUCCUUAUCCGAUCUGAACAAGCUCAGUAGCAGCACGGAUACGACUCGCGAUUUCAUCAGCGAUGUUAUCGCUCACCAAGCAGAUUUGAGAUUUAUUACCAUGGCCGCGCAAAAGUUCGUUGACGAGAGUAAAGAGUAUCUCCAAGUUCUUAACGACUUCAGGACCAGCUUGCCACAGAGAUUGCCACACAAAGAGCCCACAGCUAGCCAGGAUUCGCCGGUACGAGCCGAAGUAUCCAGCGCGACAACUCGGUACAAAGAUCUACUAUCCCGAGCAAAUCUCCUGUCAGACAGAUUGUCGGGAGUCGGCGGCAAACAGAGAGAUUAUCAUGAUUCAUUGGAUAAAGCUAGAACGUGGUUGAGAGAGGUCGAGCCGAAAGUGCACAGAGUUAUCUCCGAACCUGUUGCCGCGGAACCGAAACAAGUGGAGGAUCAAUUGAGCAAGGCCAAGGCGUUGAACAAUGAAUUCCUCGCUAAUGAGCGUCUAGUCGACAACGCUAAACACAGCGUUGAGGCUCUAUUACGUUCUUUGGAGGGCCAACUGACAAUCAACGAAGCUAACGAGCUCGAGGAACCCGUGAAGGCGUUAGAAGAUAAGUACAAACAACUGAGUAACGCUCUGGCUGACAAGUGUCAAGAACUUGACACAGCGUUGGUGAGAAGCCAAGGAGUGCAAGAUGCGUUGGACAGUCUGGUUGCAUGGCUGAACAACGUUGAGAGUCAAUUUAAGUCUCUUCAACGUCCAGCAAGUUUGCAGAAAGAACGCUUGGAAGAGCAACAAAGAGAACAGCGAUUACUUCAAGCAGACUUGGAUAGUCACCGUUUGAGCGUAGAAACUAUCACAGCGAACGCUCAAGAUCUUCUCCUAAAUUCGAGCAACGUUCGCAUCGCCAAACGUAUCGAGAGCAAGUUGAAGGAUGUGCAAAGCAGAUUUGAGAAACUGAUGGACAAAUCUUUGAGGCGCGGUGAAUUCCUGGACGAAAUCGCGCAGGCCCUGAACGAGUUCCUCGGAGAUGUGGCCAAAUUUGAAAGUUGGUACGCGCAUAUGAUGGAAGUUCUCGACUCGAGGGAUUUGAACAAGCUCGAUAUGUCGGAGUGCGAGGCCAAGAUGGCUCGACUCAUCGACAUGCGCGAGGAUCAGCGCGGAAACUUCGAAGAUCUUAUACGUAACGGGAAGAAUCUGAUCUCCAAGAAGGAUAUAACCGAAGCGGGCGCGAUUAGAGAUAAGAUCAAGGCGCUCGAAUCUCAAUGGAAGGAACUGAACAAUCUGCUCGACGAGAAACAACGAUUGUGCAAAUCGAGGGCAGAACAACACACGGCGUAUGAGAAACUGCGGGAUCAAGUGCUCGAUUGGCUUACUCGUACGGAGAACAAGGUGCAAAGACUCGAGCCGGUCGCUGUGGAUUUGGACAAAUUGAAAAUACAGCAGGAAGAUUUGAAGCCCAUACAAAAGGAAUAUCGUGAUUACGGCAACACGGUCGACAAGAUCAACGAUCUCGGUAUCGCUUACGAUAGUUUGAUGAAGGAACGCGGCGAAAGUCCAACGCGUCGACGUGGCAGUGCUAGCCCAACGAAGAGACCAGUACUGCGAAUGUCACAAGACGGUCGCUCGCCGUCACCCACUAAAUCCUACGCAGUUCAAAGUCCGGUCUCCCCAGGUGGUAGCAGCGGAUUUAGCAGCCGCCGUUCGAGCCAAGAUGGUUUCCAUCUGGAGGAAUUAUCGCCCGUUCAACAGCAACUUUCGGAAAUUAAUCAUAGAUACGGAUUACUCGGUGUCAGAUUGUCGGAUCGCCAAACGGAGUUAGAUAACAUUAGAGAGGAAUUGAAGAAACAUUUGGACCAUUUGAAAGUACUCUCUCAAUUCUUGGAUAAGAUUCAACGGCAGUUGCCUAAAGAAAGUAUGCCUGCAACUAAAGAUGAUGCAGACAAAACGGCCAAACAAGUUAAGGUUCUCGUCGAGGAAAUGUACGAGAAACAAUCUUUACUGGAUAGUACUCGAACACAAGUGCGUGAUUUAGUCAGACGUAAGAAAGAUGCAUACGGUGUAGAUAGAUUGAAUGACGAGAUGGAAGACGUUGCCAGUCGGUGGAGAUCGAUUUCGGACAGAUGCAAGGACCGAAUUAAAUUCUUGGAAGACAUUAAAGACUUCUAUGACACGUACGAUGGUCUUAAUUCCUGGCUCGGCGCUAAAGAGCGUAUGUUGGGCGCUUUGGGACCAAUUUCAGCCGAUCCUCGUAUGGUCGCGAGUCAAGUGCAACAAGUGCAGGUUUUGCGAGAGGAGUUUAGAACUCAGCAACCGCAAUUGGAUCAUCUCAUACAAGUCGGGGAAAGUAUUCUUGUCACGAUAUCCAUUGAUUCGGCAGAUGGACAGAAGAUAAACGCGAAGUUGCAGAGCAUUUUACAGAGAUGGGCGGAUCAAAUGGGAAGAUUGGACGAAAGAGCUCAGAGUUUGGGAGAUGCUGUUGAUACUAGUCGUGAAUUCGAUGCCAGUCUUAAUCGGCUGCGAGAUGCUCUGCAAGGAAUCUCGGACAAUCUAGACGAGUUGUCUCUUGAAAAGGAUCCCGAAGAACAGCUUCGUAAGAUCGAGAAUUUGGAGAGACAGCUGGAAGGUCAGAGACCGUUGUUAGCCGACGCGGAGAUGGCCGGUGCACAGCUUUGUGAGGUUCUGAGUGACCCAGCGUCGAGAUCCGAAAUUCAAGGAAAGCUCGCCACAGUCGGCAAGAUGUACAAUAACUUGCAGAAGAAGCUCGAUCAUAGGAAAGCAGAAAUCGAAGGUAAUCUGCGAGAUGGAAGACAAUUCGAGGCCUCUUGCAGCAGAACUCUGGGAUGGCUCGCGGAUGAACUCGGAAAUAUGUCUGAAAAGCUGCUGGUGUCUGCCGACAGAGAAGUCUUGCAACAGCAACUUGAUCAUCAUGAGCCUGUUUAUCGUAAUGUGAUGAGUAAAGAGCACGAAGUCAUAAUGCUGUUGAACAAAGGACGCGACAUACUUGCGCGGUCUCAGAAAGUUGAAAAUCGCUCACUUCAACGUGACUUGGAUAAGAUGCAGUCGCAAUGGGAUCGUUUAAAGAAGGACACCGUCGAAAGGCACACCCGAUUGCAGACCUGCGCGGAGCACUGCAAGAAAUACUACAAAGCUCAAGACGUAUUUCUUCCUUGGCUUCGACAGGCCGAGGAUAAAUUGGACAGUUUGAUCCCUACUUCCUUUAGACGCAAAGAUAUCGAGAAGCAGCUGAAAGAAUUAUCGUCGUUCAGGAACGAAGUGUGGAAGCACUCCGGGGAGUUCGAAAAUAACAAGAUGCUUGGCGAGACAUUUGUCGGAGCUUGCGACAUUGACAAACAAAAUGUGAAGAACGAGCUUAGCGCUAUGAAAACAAGAUGGGAUAAAUUAAACAAUGACUUGUUGUCUAGAACACAAUCGUUGGAAGAUACCGCUCGUCACUUAAUGGACUUCAAUGAGAAUUUACGCGAUUUGCAACACGGUUUACAACGUUGUGAAGAUAAGUUAGCUUCACACGAUGCUCUUGGUGGAGCGGCUAAAGAUCCGAAACUUCUCGACAGAAUAAAGAACUUGCGAGAGGAAACAACGAGUUUGAAGAAACCCUUACAAUGCGUGAGACAGCAGGCUAACGAUCUCGUGAACAAAGCCGGCGAGCAGGGCGUCGAUGCGACACAUUUACAAGACGAGAUUGACAAUGUCACCGAUCGUAUUAAUGACCUGCAAGCGAAACUGGAUGACAGAUGCAACGAGCUGCAAAGCGCAGCGACGGCGGUCGCGCAAUUUAACGAUCAAGCAAAAUUGAUUAACCAACAUCUGUCCGCUCUCGAAAAAGAUCUAGACUCCAUGAAAGCACCCGGUAGAGAAAUCAAGAUUGUACGAGGACAAUUGGAAGAUACCGCCAAGAUUAUUAGCAGAGUUAACAAACUUUAUGAAGAAAUUGGCGAUCUGCAAAAUCGCGGCGAACGUUUGGUUGAUUACGGCUUCGCUGCUGAUGCUGUAGCGACGAGAGAUCAGGUUGAAGGAUUCAAACGACAAAUUGGCAAACUGGAUGAGCGCGCGCGUACUAGAGAAGAUGAACUCACUUCUACCUUGAACAAGUUGCAAGAGUUCUAUCAAUUGCACACGAAAGUUAUGGAAGGUAUCAGCGACGCAAACGAACAGGUCAGGAGAUUUAAACCUGUCGGAUCUGAAGUGGACUCGAUUAAAGCUCAGCAGGAAGACUUCAGAACUCUCAAAGUUAAGAAGAUUGAACCACUCGCACACGCCGUUGAAAACUGUAAUGCGCUCGGUCAAAACCUUAUACAAACUGCAGGACGAGAUGUCAAUACCAGUAAUAUCGAAAAAGACGUCGAUAAAAUGAACGAAAGGUGGAACGACUUAAAAGACAGGCUAAACGAGCGCGAUCGCAAGUUGGAUGUUGGAUUACUACAGUCGGGCAAGUUCCAGGAAGCUUUAGACGGUUUAGAGAAAUGGUUGACCGAUACGGAAGAGAUGGUUUCGAAUCAAAAACCACCUUCGUCAGAUUACAAAGUCGUGAAGGCGCAAUUACAAGAACAGAAAUUCCUGAAGAAGAUGUUGCUGGACCGACAAAAUUCUAUGACAUCCCUCUACAACAUGGGACGAGAGGUAGCUGCCGAUGCGGACCCGAAGGAGCGUAAGGCCAUCGAGAAACAAUUAAAUGAUUUAGUAGGCAGAUUUGACAAUUUGACAGAAAGCGCCGCAGAGAGAAUGGACGCUCUUGAGCAAGCAAUGGCGGUGGCAAAGCGAUUCCAAGAUAAAUUGAUACCACUUGCUAUCUGGUUGGAUAAGACGGAGAAGAAAGUGAGAGAUAUGGAGCUAGUCCCUACCGACGAGGAGAAGAUACAGCAGCGGGUCAGUGAGCACGACAUACUUCACGAAGACAUUAUAUCGAAGACACCAGACUUCAGCGAACUCACGGAGAUAGCCAGUCAACUUAUGUCGCUGGUAGGCGAAGACGAAGCUGCUUUGUUGGCCGACAAGCUUCAGGAUGCGGCAGAUAGAUACGCGGCUUUGGUCGAACGAUCCGAAGCUCUCGGUAGUUUGCUGCAACGUUCGAGACAGGGCUUACGUCAUCUGGUUCUUACAUAUCAAGAUUUACAGGCGUGGAUGGAAAGCAUGGAAAUCCAAUUGUCCAAAUAUCGCAUCUUAGCUGUACACACGGAGAAGCUCUUGCAACAAAUGGACGACCUGGCGGAUCUUACAGAGGAGGUAUCUACACGGCAAACGGAAGUCGACAGUACCGUUGAUUCCGGCCUAGAACUGAUGAAACACAUUUCGAGUGACGAGGCGCUUCAACUGAAGGACAAGUUGGACUCCUUGCAACGACGAUUUAACGAUCUCGUCACGCGUGGCUCGGAUCUUUUGAAACAUGCUCAAGAAUCUUUGCCACUGGUGCAACAAUUCCACGAUAACCACAAUCGUCUGAUGGAUUGGAUGCAAGGCGCGGAAACUGCUUUGCAGUCGGCCGAACCUCGCGAGGAAGAGAUUAUCCGACUCGAGAUGGAGAUAUCGGAAUACAGACCCGUCUUGGACAAGAUCAACGCGGUCGGCCCACAACUGUGUCAAAUGUCACCAGGAGAAGGUGCUGCGACCAUCGAAGGUCUCGUGACCAGGGACAAUAGGCGAUUCGACGCGAUUGCCGAGCAGAUUCAGAGAAAGGCGGAAAGAAUUCAGUUGAGCAAGCAGCGAUCCUUGGAGGUGAUCGGCGAUAUCGACGAUCUGCUCGACUGGUUUAGAGAAGUGGACAAUCAACUUCGAGAGGCCGAGCCGCCCAGCAGCGAGCCUGAAAUUAUUAGAGUACAAUUGAAAGAACAUAAAGCGCUCAACGACGAUAUAUCCAGUCAGAAGGGUAGAGUCCGUGAUGUUAUUUCGACUGCGAAGAAGGUGAUACGCGAGAACACUCAGCAUGAAGACACGUCUACCAUCAGAGAUAAGAUGGAGGACUUGCGCGAAACGAUGGAAAUUGUAUCAGCUUUGUCGACAGAUAGAUUGGGAGCUCUCGAGCAAGCUCUACCGUUAGCGGAACACCUUCGCGAUACCCACGCCGGCCUAGUCAGUUGGCUCGAGGAGGCUGAACAACAAGUCGCUAUGUUACCCAUGCCCGCUUUGCGACCUGACUUGAUAGCGACCCAACAGGACAAGAAUGAGCUUCUCAUACAGAGUAUCAACGAGCAUAAACCUCUGGUGGAGAAGCUCAACAAAACCGGUGAGGCACUUAUCAAGUUGUGCAACGAGGAAGAAGGUAUAAAGGUACAAGACAUUUUGGAUAAUGACAACGCUCGCUAUGCGGCACUGAGAGCCGAGCUGAGGGGCCGGCAACAGGCGCUGGAACAGGCACUGCAGGAAUCCUCUCAGUUCUCCGAUAAAUUGGAGGGUAUGCUGCGCGCACUGUCUUCUACCGCCGAUCAGGUGAACGGCGCCGAACCGAUUAGUGCCCAUCCGCCUCGUUUACGCGAUCAGAUGGAGGAGAACGCCGCCUUGGCAGACGAUCUCGCUCAGAGAUCCGAGGCUUACGCGGCCGUUAAGAAAGCGGCGGAUGACGUGAUCAGCAAGGCCGGCAACAGGGCCGAUCCGGCGGUGAAGGACAUCAAACGCAAGCUGGAUAAGCUCAACAAAUUAUGGACCGACGUACAGAAGGCCACGAAUAACCGCGGUCGCACCUUGGACGAUACUCUAGCCGUCGCCGAAAAAUUCUGGGCCGAGCUGAACGGAGUUAUGGCCACUCUGAGGGAGUUGCAGGACGCGCUGGCUGGACAGGCACCACCUGCGGCUCAACCAGCCGCUAUUCAACAACAGCAAGUGGCGUUGCAAGAAAUCCGACAGGAGAUCGAUCAGACGAAGCCGGAUGUCGAGCAAGUCCGAACCUCGGGACACGACUUGAUGAGCUUGUGCGGCGAGCCGGACAAACCUGAAGUGCGAAAGCACAUCGAAGAUUUGGAUCAGGCUUGGGACAACGUCACUGCUCUGUACGCUAGACGCGAGGAGAAUCUAAUCGACGCCAUGGAGAAGGCGAUGGAGUUCCACGAGACGCUGCAGAACCUGUUGGAGUUCUUGCAAGAGGCCGAGGACAGAUUCGCGGAGAUGGGCCCGCUUGGCAGCGACAUCGACGAGGUGAAGAAGCAGAUCAAGCAGCUGGCUAAUUUCAAGGCCGAGGUGGAUCCGCAUAUGGUGAAAGUCGAGGCGUUGAACAGGAGUCUUACAAGGCAAGCGGCCGAAUUAACGGAAAGAACAUCCUCCGAACAAGCAGCAGCCAUCAAGGAACCGCUCGGUGCCGUGAACAAACGCUGGGACGGAUUGCUGAGAGGCUUGGUGGAGAGGCAACGAUUACUGGAGAACGCGUUAUUGCGACUCGGUCAAUUCCAGCACGCUCUGGACGAGCUAUUGGUGUGGAUCGAGAAAACUGACAAGACGUUGGAUAAUCUCAGACCAGUAGCGGGUGAUCCACAAGUGAUCGAAGUCGAAUUAGCCAAGCUGAAGGUUCUAGUGAAUGAUAUACAAGCUCAUCAGACGAGCGUUGACACUCUGAACGAUGCCGGACGACAAUUGAUUGAAGAUGGCAAAGGUACCGCGGAAGCGUCUACUACAGCCGAUAAACUGGGCACUCUGAAUCGCCGUUGGCGAGAUCUGUUGCAACGCGCCGCUGAUCGUCAACGAGAACUGGAAGAUGCCUUACGAGAGGCACAAUCCUUCACUGCUGAGAUACAGGACUUGCUGUCGUGGUUGGGCGACGUGGAUAACAUGAUAGUAGCUUCCAAGCCCGUUGGUGGAUUGCCCGAAACCGCAUCCGAGCAAUUGGAACGCUUCAUGGAGGUGUACAACGAGCUGGAGCAAAACCGUCCGAAGGUCGAAACGGUGCUGCAACAAGGACAGGAAUACCUGAAGAAAGCGGAUACGACCAGUGCCGGUGGAUUAAAUCACAAUUUGCGAACGUUGAAGCAAAAAUGGGACAACGUGCUUUCGCGCGCCAGCGAUAAAAAAAUUAAGUUAGAAAUUGCCCUGAAGGAGGCCACUGAGUUCCAUGACGCGUUACAAGCUUUCGUUGAUUGGUUGACUAACGCCGAAAAGAUUCUGACGAAUCUCAGACCGGUCUCAAGGGUUAUGGAAACCAUACUUCAACAAAUCGAGGAACACAAAGCAUUCCAGAAAGACGUCGGCGUCCAUCGCGAAACCAUGCUGAAUCUCGACAAGAAAGGAACUCAUCUCAAAUACUUCUCUCAAAAACAAGACGUAAUUCUUAUAAGAAACUUGCUCGUGAGCGUGCAACAUAGGUGGGAACGAGUAGUUUCUAAGUCAGCCGAGAGGACGAGGGCUUUAGAUCACGGUUACAAAGAAGCUAGAGAGUUCCACGAUAGCUGGUCGAACUUGAUGAACUGGUUGGACGACACUGAGAAGACGUUGGACGAGGUCGCUGCCGACGGACUUGGCGGCAACGAUCCGGACAAAAUUAAAUCGCGUCUCAACAGACACCGCGAGGUACAAAAGGCAUUGAGUGCUAAACAAAGCACGUACGAUAACACCAUGAAGAACGGCAAAACGUUGAAGGAUAAGGCGCCGAAGACUGAUGAACCUGCCUUGAGAGAACUCCUGAACGAAUUGAAGAACAAGUGGACUACAGUCUGCGGUAAAUGCGUGGAUCGACAGAGAAAGUUAGAAGAAGCUCUAUUAUUCUCCGGACAAUUUAAAGAUGCGAUUCAGGCACUGCUGGAGUGGUUGAGCAAGACCGAGAAAUAUCUGGCCAAUACCGGACCACUUUACGGCGAUCUGGAUACAGUAACUAAUUUAGUAGAGCAACACAAAACUUUUGAGAGAGAUUUAGAUUUACGCGCCUCACAAAUGGAGUCCGUCAUUAAGACCGGUCGUGAACUUGAAUCUAAAGCCUCUAUUGAAGACGCAUCGAUGAUCAGAUCGCAGUUAAACGAAUUAAACAGUCUCUGGGACAGAGUAACCAGUCUCUCAUCGAAGAAGUCCAGACUGUUGGAAGAAGCCAUCAGAGAGGCCGAACGACUUCACAAAGCUGUUCACGUGUUGCUGGAAUGGUUGAGUGAUGCAGAGAUGAAGCUACGAUUCGCCGGACCGUUGCCGGAAGACGAGCAGGAAAGCAGAAACCAAUUGAUGGAGCAUCAGAGAUUCCUUCGCGAGUUACAGACUAAGGAAAUUGAAAAAGACAAUACGUUAGAGUUGGCACAUAUUAUUCUUGGAAAAGCGCAUCCCGAUGGUGCUGCAGUUAUUAAACACUGGAUCACGAUUAUUCAGUCUAGAUGGGAAGAAGUGGCAACCUGGGCCUAUCAAAGGAAUCAAAGACUGGAAAAUCAUAUGCAGGGGCUACAGGAUCUUGAUAAUCUUCUUGAGGAGUUAUUAGCCUGGCUCGAAGGUUUGGAGAACACUUUGAAUGCCUUAGAAGCGGAACCCUUGCCCGACGACAGGGCUACGCUCGAAAUGCUUAUCGCGGACCACAGAGAGUUUAUGGAAAAUACCAGCCGAAGACAAAACGAGGUUGAUCGCGUGUGCAAAGCCCGACAAAUCAAGCCGAUAAAGGAUACGAGAAAAAUAUCGAAAGUCAGAUCACCAGCGCCUAUUAAGGAUCUCUAUCAGGAUAACGAGCAUGAGCAGCCUCAGCCUCGUAAACAAAGCCGAGGCAGCCCAGGUCGUGACAGAACGCCAGAUCUUUCAUUGCCACACAUCGGUCCACGCUUCCCACCCAAAGGAAGCAAAGGAGCCGAGCCGGAAUUCCGCAGUCCGAGAGUUAAGCUUCUCUGGGAUAAGUGGCGUCACGUUUGGAUGCUGGCGUGGGAGCGUCAACGUCGUCUGCAGGAUAGAUAUAAUUACAUUCAGGAAGUGGAUCGCGUGGCUAACUUUAGCUGGGAAGAGUGGCGCAAACGGUUCCUGAAAUUCAUGAAUCACAAGAAAUCCAGGCUGACGGAUCUGUUCAGGAAGAUGGAUAAAAACAAUGAUGGACUUAUACCGAGGGAGGACUUCAUUCAAGGAAUUAUGAACACCAAAUUCGAUACUUCUCGUCUGGAAAUGGCUGCUGUUGCCGACCUCUUCGAUCGUCACGGCGAGGGUUUGAUAGAUUGGAAGGAGUUCAUCGCCGCUCUGCGACCCGAUUGGGAAGAACGACGGACCUACCACGACACGGAUAAGAUACACGACGAAGUUAAACGACUGGUCAUGCUGUGUACUUGUCGUCAGAAGUUCCGCGUUUUCCAAGUUGGCGAAGGAAAAUACAGGUUUGGCGACAGCCAGAAGCUGCGUUUGGUUCGAAUUCUCCGCUCCACUGUCAUGGUACGCGUCGGUGGAGGCUGGGUAGCGUUAGACGAAUUCCUUUUAAAGAACGAUCCAUGCCGCGUUUUUCUAAUGCCAAUACCGGAUCCUAACAAACCGGAACAACAUGAGGGUUGGUGUCCGCUCGCCAAGGGAAGAACGAAUAUCGAGCUGCGGGAGCAAUUUAUACUGGCGGACGGUGUUAGCCAGAGUAUGACGGCCUUCCGGUCCAAGCCGAGCCCGACCUCGACGCUGCAGCGUACGCAAAUGUCCUCCACCAAUGCUGGACCGAUCACCAAGGUGAGAGAACGCAGUGCUCGCAGCGUACCUAUGGGUCAAUCGCGAGCCUCACGCUCAUCCUUGAGUGCCGGCACGCCCGACAGCCUUAGCGACAACGAAAGUUCCUUCAAGAUAUCUGGUAGAAAAACCAGCACGCCUUAUAGAUCUACCGUGACGCCCGGUGGUAGCCGUCCGUCCAGUAGGCCAGCAUCCAGGCCUGCCUCCCGACCAGCCAGUAGACCAAGUAGCCGACCUGCGUCGAGACAAGGAAGUAAACCGCCUAGUCGAUACGGAUCAACGCAGUCGUUGGAUGACGAUUCAUGCACCCCAAGUCGCAUUCCGCGAAGGACCAUCGUGGGCGGCUCCGGUAACACUCCGACGUCCAGUAGACACAACAGCGUAUCCGGUAGAAAACUUACAACCCCGAUGAAUGGUUCGAGCUCUCGACCUCGCACUCCAACGGGAUUAAUUAGCCCCGCCAGUGGAGUGCCUUCCAGGUUUGGCUCAAUCCAUAGAGCUUCGAGCAUUCCAACCCUGACUGGUGUCGGAACACCUAUCAGCCGCUCUAGGAUACCCGUAUAUGUGGGAGUGGAUAUAAAAUCUCCUCAGUCGACCACCAGCAAUAUGUCGACUCACUCAACACAAAGCAACCAUUCUACGAUUUCUACUGAUUCCACUGGGAGCAGUUCCCUGUGUACAAAUUCAGCAACUAACAUACCAACAGCGAUUAAGCAAACUAGGGUACGUACACCGUCCAGUGGAUCCAGCACCCCGCUACCGCCGUCUUCGAAAUUAUCGAGGAAACCCUCCGGAGCUUCCGACACGUCCGUGUCGGGAACGACCCCGAGCACACGGAAGGGAAAACCCACGCCGAUCGAACAGCGCGCGCCGUUCCGAUUGUAAUAGCUUAUUAACUGAUACAUAUAGCUUGUAAAAUCAGCGUAUUAUAUGACCGAACGAGAAUAAAUACAAAACAUCCCCGCCACGAAUUUAAAAAUAACCACACGGUAUUGCAGGGAAAUACGAAAUGGGUUAUUGUUGUUGUUGUAUGUGAUGAGAGAGAGAAAAGCGCGUGUAAUAUGUGCUAAAUUGACUGGAUCAAAAUUUUGUAGAAGGCAAAUGACGUAUCUAGAAGUUACGAUUUUUAUUCAUUUCGUUGAAUUUCGCCAAGUACCGAAUGCCAUUAAAAUUACGAAUACUAAUGAGUAUUUCACAUACUCUCUUAGGGUAAGGGAUUACAAACAGUUGGGGAAAUUUAUUUAUUUCGUCGCCCGCGUUAGAAAGCGCUUGAAGCCUCUAUCUAGUUUGUAAUAACACAUAACACUGAGAUAAAUUAUUGUUAUAAAUACCAUAAUCUUGGUAUUACCGAAAGUGCAGGGUAAUGCUGUAUAAUUGAAAAUAUUUAGGCGAGAUAUAACAAUAUCUUCGCUGACUUUCUGGAUAAGGACAAUACUACUAAAAAGAUUUUAGCAUAAAAGAAAGAAAUCAUUAUAUGUAUUAUAAUUACGCUUAUGUUUGAUAUAUAUAUAACUAUAGAUGCUUGUGUAAUUACUUUUAUAUAAUUUAAUAUAGUUUGCUCAUUUCGCACGCAUACCUUUGCGUGCUUUAUACACCGCGUGAAACGACCGUAAAGGUUGUUUCGAUGAAAAUUUUUUGAGCGUUAUAUUUGAGCAAAUUGUAUACACACGAAGACAUUAAUUUAUUUAAUAUUUCCCGCUUGACUUUAUUGUAUUCGUCGUACGAAUUAACGUCUAAUUUACAUUUGUUAAAAAAGGAAGAGAAACCUUGUAUGCGAUUUUAGAUUAUGAUACAGAUUGUAAAUCGACAUUCAUUUUUGUUAUCCGUUUCGCAAAGUGCACCGUACAUAUUCGAUUAGUUUAGUCACGCUUGUAAAAAUCAAUUGAAAUGUAACUUGUAUUUUUUUUUUUUUUUUUUUUUUUAUUUCUUUCAUAUCGUAUGUCAAUUGGAUGAACUUGGAUUGUAAAGCCGUAAAUGUUAAUCGAUUAAUUUUUACAAAUCUGCUUGAUGUUACUUCCAGAAUAUUUUUUUGUAUAUUUGAAGAUAUAUUUGUAUUGCGAAACGGAAUAUCUCGUUGCUUUGUGGAGAAAUAAGACAGUAAUCAAAUGUAGUUUAGGAUUCAUGCACAAAUUUAAUCCUCGAGCGGCUGCAGUUGAAAAGUGCAAUUCUUUCACAGAUGUUAUUUUCGCCAAAUAAUGUCUAUGAAAUUCUUUUAGCUACAUCUUUCGUGCGUCAAUAUAUAUGAUGGAAUUAAAUAUAAAAAGGCUGAAGUCAUCUACGCGCCCGCUCUAAGAUUAACGUGCGAUAUGCUUUUGUUUGCGAAUUGAUUUAUCGAUUUAAUGAUCAAUUAAUAAGUAAAUAAUUAUUAUAAUUAUAAUUACAUAAUUAUAUAAAAUAUAUAAUUAUUAAUUAUAAUUGACUAAUGAGAGAUUUAAGAGUUCGGGGGAACAUACCUAACAGCGUUAAAAUAAUAAUAAUAAAAAAAAGAGAAAACUAUACGUGUGAAUAGUUAAGUAAAAUAUAUUCCAUUGCGCGAAGUGUGGCCUGUUAGGUGACGGGUAGAAAAGAGAAACUCUGAAAAAAAGACAUUUCCAUUUUUUUUACACAUAUAUAUACUUUUAGAUGCGAUUAAUGUAACGGAGAUAUGACUCGCUGCCUCUUAUAAAUAUUACGUAAUGCGAUUAAUCUUAUUAACAACUUCUCAACGUAUGAUUUUCGUUUCUUUUUCACUUACCGAGAAGUGCUGUAUGAAGCUAAUAAUAAUAAUGAUGAUGAUACAGUGAUUAAAAAAAAGAAAUAUAACAGACACACGCAUACACAUGAUAUUUCAAUGAGACUCUCGAUCCUUUUCAUUUUUAGGCGAUUGUUGUGCAUCAUACAAAUGUAAAGAGAAAAUGUAUAUAUUGGCGCGCGCAUAUGAUUUUUUUUCACGUUCAUACUUUCUAAUCGAAGUCGUGGUGUGUCACGGUCCAGACACGUGGGAUCCUACUGUUGCUUGCGUCCUCGUCGAUGCCUAAAUUAAACAUAGCUAUUUAGAUAUACAUAGCGAGAUCUUGCGAAAACUGAUAGAGUUUUCCCCGAGACGGGGAGAACGCGCCAAACUCCGCGCCUCCAGUGUUGACUGACAGUCGCGUUGUAUAAUAUAUCAAGCAGAUACCAUUUCGGGAGGAUCCGAUGGAAGAAGCGACGCUUUGUGCACGCUGCACUUGAUAAAGGCUUACCGAGUAUCUUGGCCGACGGUGUGCCAACACCGCGUGCGCGCGGCUAGACAUGUAAUUUACGAAGGUACACCCGUGUGCGAGUCUUAGAUGAGUUUUGCGCGCAGUUUUUUUACAAACGCUCUGGGUCUACACUUAUAAGAAUGCGCCUGUUGUAUUGCUGACCGUUGUAAUCUCGGAAUAAAUAUGUUUUCGCACUGAA